AUGGGUGGAAGAAAAGGGAGAUCUAUAGGAUGUCCUUUAGGUCCUUCUUCCAAAAAAAGAAGACAACCAGAGCCACAAGGUUCCAGCCAGAUCAUUGCAGAUUUGGAUGCCAGCGAGGCACGUUGGGUCGACCAGCAGUCUCAACGCUUGAACAACCGACCAGUGGCGCCUAACACUGCAAUGCAACAUGAACAACUACAGCCUUCAACUUCCGACCAAGUCGAACAUGCUUUUGAAUGGGACCAGAUUUCCGAUAUCAAUCCAGAGGAAGAAUAUCUCAUCAAUCACAAUAUCCCAGACGACCCCACUGAAGAGCCACCUGAAGUUACUAACUUUGGUGACUACGUGAAAGGAUCAUCAUACAAACGAAAACAAAUCAAAGAGGCCAGGAAUUGGGCCAAGGUUCCAAGCGCACCACUCAAUGGGGGCUAG